UCCCAGCCGGGCUAACCCUCGGAAGUGGCUGGAGGCCGGAUUCAGCGUGUCUGCGGGCUGUACUAGGGGAGGCUGCAGGCGGCGUGAUGUCCUGGUCCGGCCUCUUCCGUGGCCUCAACGCGUCCCUAAAUUAUGGCCUAGCCCUGGUCCCCCGGCUCUGGCCCACCCGCCCCAUGGCCACCCUGAAUCAAAUGCACCGCCAGGGGCCUCCGAAGCGGCCACCUCCACGUCUGGGCCCUACAGAAGGCCGGCCGCAGCUGAAGGGCGUGGUUCUGCGCACGUUCAUCCGUAAACCCAAGAAGCCCAACUCUGCCAACCGCAAGUGCUGCCGAGUCCGGCUCAGCACAGGCCGCGAGGCUGUCUGCUUCAUCCCGGGAGAGGGCCACAACCUUCAGGAGCACCACAUCGUGCUCGUGGAGGGCGGGCGCACCCAGGAUCUGCCCGGCGUCAAGCUCAAGGUUGUGCGUGGCAAGUACGACUGUGGCCAUGUGCAGAAGAAGAAGUGACCGCCAGGGCUACGGUGUGCUGGGGUUCACACAGAACAAGAAUGUUUGUCUCCGGUUUCCUGUGGUAUCCUUGGGAAGCUAGGCCAGCUCUCGAAGCAGCUGGUCCUGGUUCAAAUUCUGGCUGCACCUCUUCCAUCAGAACCACCAAUAGGGCUCCUGGGUGCGAAAUAGAAAAGGUGCCUCUCUGCUGACACCCUUGGUGUCCAAGUAUAGAGCAUUGGUGCGGGAGGUUUCUGCUGGGACAGUACACUGCUGCCACCUGAGGGGGAGGGGCUGCAAUAAACAUACAGAUAUGUACACCUGUGGUUUGAUAUGUACCCCUCGCUGGGUAAUCACCCUGCAUGGUAUCAGCAACUGUCAUGCUCUCUGGGCCUCUCUUUCCUCCCCUACUCACAGCAUCCCCUUUGCUGGGUUUGGUGAAGAUUAGACUCUGCGAGCAAAGCAUAUACGGAUGGCUACUCUGUUUUAAGGUUUGGAGUCCGGUGGUAGCACAGACCCAGUUGCCCUUCCUGCAGGCCCGGUGUCUGGACAAGGAAAGGCUUGUACUCAA